AUGUCUCCUUCUAUCCUCUCGCCUUCUGCGCUUGGUAUUCCUCCAAGAAGCGUUGGUGAUGAGGCGACCACAGACCUCUGGCUCUCUGAACCCUAUUUGGAUCCUCUUCUUGUUCAAAACGAUGAGUCAUCCCUUGCAGCCUUGGAGGCAUGGCCAGAUAUUCUAUCCUGUGCGCCGCAAGCGAGCCAUUCGGUACAUCCGAAGCUCCCUGCCACACCAGAUCCUCCUGUGGCAUGGGAUGCGCCAUUUCAUAGCAGCUCUACAACCUCUUCAACAGACUCAUGCCUCCAAGCAUGCAUACAAUUGUCCCAAUUGUCCACAUCGCAAAUACAAUCUCUGUGUGGUAGAGUGCAGGCUCUUGAGCAAAAUUUGAAGGACGCUGAGAGCAAAGUCGAGGAGUUCGUUUCGUGGUCGAAAAAAAUGGAGAAGCAUUGUCAGGAGACGACGAACACUGUCCUUAGCUUAUUUAAGACGAUCCAGAAGCCCGAAUUCUUACAAGAUAUUCUCAAAGAGUCGCGAGACUGCUAA